AUGUGGUUUGGUGGUUUAACCGUGAUCACCAUUACAGAGGAGACAUUCUUCUGUGGCAACUAUGCAGUAGUCGCAUCGACUACGAUGGCCGGUCGUCAAGUCGACUUGAUCGAUAUACAGAGCCAGCCAGAUGGAAAACAUCGUUUCAUUCUGAACUAUCAGGAUCACUUGAAGAAGAUGGUGUGUCUUCGGGCUCUACAGACGAAAACUGCUGAAGAGGUUGCUUUCCACCUCGUUGAUAUAUUCUGUGACAAAGGAGCCCCCCAUAUACUGCAGUCUGACAAUGAAAGAGAAUUCUCAAAUAAGCUUGUCAAGGAAGUUCUGAUGAUGUGGCGAGAGCGCAAGAUGGUUCAUGGCAAAUCACGACAUUCCCAAUCGCAGGGCUCGGUGGAACGUGCCAACAGGGAUAUUGAAGCAAGUCUCGCAUGUUGGAUGAAGGACAACAACUUUACGCAAUGGUCACAGGGACUGCGCUUUGUCCAGUGGAAGAAAAAUACCCGCUUUCACUCCGGAAUUGGAAGGACACCAUAUGAGGCCAUGUAUGGACAGAAGGCUCGUCUUGGUGUUGACGCAACUUUUGUACCAGAGGAAGUCCUGGACAGUAUGCAGACGGAGGAGCAGCUUGCAGAGGCACUAGGUGUUGUUAAUGAGCUCACAGACAUAGAGGAGGAAGAGACAGGUGUUGAAGAGCAAGAAGAACCAUCCGCUGUCAUUAACUGA